ACCCUUCCCAGACUCAGCUCCUGGUGAAGCUCGCAGCCAUCAGCCAUGAAGGUCCUGUAUCUCCUCUUCUCGUUCCUCUUCGUAUUCCUGAUGCCUCUUCCAGGUGUUUUUGGUGAUAUAAAUAAUCCUGUUAGCUGCAUAAGGAGUGGUGCCAUAUGUCAUCCAGCGUUUUGCCCUAGAAAUUUUAAUCAAGUCGGCACCUGUGGUAUCCCUUUUACAAAGUGCUGCAAGAAGAAAUGAGGAGGCCGAGAAGCUUCUGUGGCUGAUGUGGAUUCAGAAAGGGCUCCCUCAGCAGAGCCGUGUAACAUGUAAACCAAAUUAAACGAGUGUUCAAAGACAGAGAA